UUUCUUCGUCUGCGAAUACAACGGCACAAUAAUUCUCCGUUCAUCGAUAGUUUGCACAAGUCCGUGCUAGUCCUUACUCCUUUUCGAUUUGCGAAUAUGGGAUGUCUACCACAUUAAGUGGUCAAUCGCUACUCCCGCAUGAUGUAAACCCCUACAUUCCCGACCUGAUCAGACCCCACUCCGCUUCAUAUCUCCACCUGUAUUCUCGUCACAAUCCUCAUGAACGAGACAACGUGAGCUCCCGUUUUUCUCCAGAUGAACAUGCGCUCAAGCAACCCCCGUUUCUCCCAACUGUGACAGCAGCUCAGUCUCAUCUCAAAAGUUCUGAACGUUUACCGUCACAGCAUCCGCUUCCAGGUCAAUCCAGCACUCUUGCUUCCCCCACUAACACUGUUUGUACUCCUCCCUCUUGUGCGAAGUGUCAUAAGCAGAUCUUGGACCAUUAUCUCUGCCGAAUUCUCGACCAAACCUGGCACGAGAAGUGUGCCAUCUGCUCCAUAUGUUCCGCUUGCUUAACAGAUGUCUGUUUCUUUCAUGAAGGUCAGCUCUUCUGCCGCAGAGAUUACGACCGGUUGCACGCCGUACGAUGUGCUAACUGUCGUCAGCCAAUGCGCAGCCACGAGUUGUUUAUGUGCGCUCAGACUCCUCGUAGCGCGGAUCAAAUCAACCCCCCAACGGAGCUCAUCUUUCACGUGUCUUGUUUCACUUGUUCCGUGUGUCAACAACCCUUAGCUGUCGGUGACGCUUACACCGUCGACGCUGGAUCAAAUCGGCUUAUUUGUCGGGCGGACUUCCUGGCAUCUAGAUCUCGGACGUUUUCUGUCCAGUCCCUCCUCUCCUCAGCCGGUUCUCCCUCCUUAGUUAGCCGGUCAGUGUUGCCCAAGCGACUCGUUUCCGGUUAUGAAUGCAGUGACAACAGUUCAUCCAAUUUCCACCCGUCAAGUUCUCCUGGCGCCGAUCUGCCUUCAAACGGCUAUCGGUCAAACGGCACGACAACAUCAAUGCAAUUGUCAUAUACGCAUUUGGACAGGGGCAUUGGAUGUAGCAAACGUGUGCGAACUUCUUUGACGGAGGAGCAGCGUUUUCAUUUACAGAAGGCGUAUGAACAAAGUUCACGACCGUCCAAGCACGCUCGUGAAUGUCUCGCGAAGCAAUUGUCUGUCCCUGUUCGCGUGGUGCAAGUCUGGUUUCAGAACCAGCGUGCUCGGGAUAAGCGUGCUCUAAGUCAGCAGCAUUGUCAAAACCACCGACCGCACUCCAAUUGGACUAUUGCCCAAGAAAAUCACCCAGCCGCCAGCUCCACUGACGCAAGUCUCGAUGGGAUGACAGGUCACACUUCCGUGCAAAGCGGAUUAGCAGACUUUUCUCUUGAGCAUCUUCACCGGGAUGUUGCCAUGAACGACCCAGCUUUAUUGGAGAACCGUGCUCAAGCGUAUUCUUCUGAAGUCCACUGAUAUCAACACGGAACAAUCAGUUCGGUGAUUUGCCUGUGUAAACCUUUGCUCCGCUUCACCCUUGCCUAAUGUGAUUACUUUGUACCAUGUAACUGCAUGUGCCCCGCUAGAGCAGCUAUGCAUUUCUGCUUCUCUCAUUUUCCCCUAAAUUCCUUUCUCCCCAUCUCUUUGUAUUAUUGGAUAUGCAGUCUAUCCCUACGCUCUCCUUCAGACAACCGGUUUUUUUUGUCUCAACGAAUCAACUACGCCAGUAUCUCAGGCUAUCGGAACACAGCUGACGCAUUGGUACUCCUUAU